UUCCUGGACGUUGGCCGGACCAAAAUGGCAUCCUACUUCGACGAACAUGACUGCGAGCCCACCAACCCGGAAGAACAGUAUCGGCAGAAUGCCCUGCUUGAACUAGCAAGGUCUUUAAUGCAGGGUUUGGACUUGAUUGACUCUGGCGUCUUCGACUUGACGGACUGGGAUCAGCGGCUUCCUCCUCCAGCUGCCAAAACAGCUGUUCAGACCCUCACUGUGGUCAUCAUUUCCCCAGAACAAGCAGACAAGGGUCUCAAAUGUCCUGUGUGUUUGCUGGAGUUCGAGGAGCAAGAGACGGUGCGAGAAAUGCCUUGCAAACACCUUUUUCACGCCGGAUGUAUAUUACCCUGGUUGGGCAAGACCAACUCCUGUCCACUCUGCCGACUUGAAUUACCAACAGACAAUCCCGAGUAUGAGGAGUUUAAAAAGGACAAGGCGAGUGAGCGCAGAAAACAGAGGGAGCACCGACUGGAGGACCUACACGGAGCCAUGUACACAUGA